AUGUAUAAUAAUGCUGCUUUAGUCGACGAAGUUUCUAGACUAAACUACGCUAUCCUUAUUGCGUCAGAAGAACGGAAGCGAUCAUGUCAUCAUGAUAGGAAUCGCAUACGAAGAUUGCAAACCGCUAAUAAACGGAAGUCGGAUGCUCAAAAGCGCCAACAAGAACAGCUGACUUUAGCAGAAACGCAAGAAAAUAUCGCUCAAAUCAAGGCAAAAAUGGCAAAAACUAUUGCUAGCCCUCAGAAGGUUAAACCUGCCUUGUCAUCUCCGCGACCUACCUUGGACGUUGCAGCAAUCAAGCGCAGCGUGGAGGCGGAACAACGUGCGCUUGAAGAUCGAGGUCCUUCAAAAAGGACGAAGCGAAAGGCAAGCUUUAUUUUUCUGUUUUUGUUAUCUAUUUAAGA